CUCAUGCGCAGUGAUGACUUCGGGCACGAACAGCUAUGCUUCAAGAUUUUAAACCAUAGCUCUAUCCAGUGUAUAUGAUCUAAGGUUGACUCAAUCAAGUGUCGAGUGGUGCGUGUAUGAGAACCGUCCGGUUCCCACGGCGGCCUGCGUGACCAAAAGGGCUGAGUGAGCACAUUAUGAAAGGCUCGGGACAGGCCAUGGGCACAGCCCCGCCAGCUGGAGUCAGUCGAGUCUGGUCAAAAGACCCAGUUUCCAUUAGCAGCAGUUUUGGGUCUUGACAAUGGGCGACACAGAAGCAAAAAGUGUGACUGGACCUUUGCUGGAACAGAGGGUUUGGAAAAUUAUUGUUGUGGGUGAUUUGAAUACUGGUAAGACUUCUAUCAUUGAACGGUACUGUGACAAGCAUUUCAUCGAAUACUAUCGACCUACGACAGGUAUUGAUUUAAAAAAGAAAACUAUCAAUUUUGACAACAAAAGCAUCGUUUUAAAUAUUUGGGACACUGCUGGAACUGAAAAAUAUCAAUCAUUAAUUCAAUUGUACUACAGAGGAGCAAUAGGGUUAUUUAUUAUCUACGAUGUUACAAAUUUAAAUUCUUUACAUAACUUGGACACAUGGAUGAGAAAUAUUGAUGAUUUUGCUCCUUCAAAUGUGGUUAGAAUUUUGAUUGGUGCUAAAUGUGAUAUGGAAUCAAACAGAAUGGUUUCAAUUGAAGAAGGGAAACUGGUAGCAAAACAUUUUGGAAUACCCUUUUUUGAAGUGUCUUCUAAAAACAAUAUAAACGUAGACGAUUCAUUUUUGAAAAUGGUUUCUAUGAUAAAUGAGAUGGAAUCUGAUAAUACUAUUAAAAAGGAUUUUGUGAUCUUAGAAGACAAACUAAUAGGUAGUGACGUUGACACCCUAUCCAAAUGUAACUGUUGACUGAAGAGGUGUUAUAAGAAAACACCAUAACAUUUUAUAAAAUAGAUUAAUUAUGUGUAUACUUAAGUUUUAAUUAUUAUUUUUAUAUAUAUUCUAUAGAAAU